CUUCAACCAUCGCCCUCAGAAGCUAAAGAAUGGGUAGAAUACAUCAGUCCUGAGGGCCAGCUCUACAACUACAACAUUUAUACACACAGGUUGGCACCCAAUAAUAGGCAGAGGGUGUUAGUAAACUUGGAAGUGGCAGUUGAAGUAAAGAAACCAGAGCAGAAACCAGCUAAGGCAAGGCCUGUUUCCAGUACUCCAAUAGCUGGCACAGUUUGGUGUGUGGUUCGGACUAGCGAAGGGAAAUGUUUCUUUUACAAUCCAACUAAACGCCAGUCAGUGUGGAAAAUGCCUGAAGAACUUAAAAACAGACCGGAUGUUGAAAAGCUGUUGUCAGCUAAACCAGAUGUGACAACUGAGAAAAAGAAAGAAAAGGACGUGCAUGAAGGACCACCACCAAAGAAAAUGAAGUCAGAUGAUGAGGUAAAAGAAGUAAAACAAGCAAACACAAAGGAAGUGGCCCAAACAAUUGUUUUUGGGAAAGAGGCUGCCAUUGCAGCAGAAAUUCAGGCGGCUCAGCAUAGGUCUGUUGUUUCAAUAGAAGUCAGGAUUAAGCAGUUCAAAGAGCUGCUGGCUGAAAAGGAUGUUUCUGCACAUUCCACAUGGAAGAAGGAGUUGCAUAAGAUUGUCUUUGACAAGCGCUAUUUGCUUCUAACUUCUCGAGAACGCAAACAGGUGUUUGAGGAGUAUUUGAAGGAGAAAGCUGAAGAAGAACGCCAUGAAAAAAGUAGGAAGCUCAAAGAGAAGGCAGAUUUGUUCAGGCAGUUGCUUGAAGAAAGUGACUUGAAUGUGAAGUCUUCAUUUCACCAUUUUGCUGUGAGACACUCAAUGGAUAAUCGCUUCAGAUCGAUUGACAAGAUGCAGGACAGAGAAGCUAUGUUUCUAGAAUACAUCCAAGAGCUUGUCAAGCGGGAAAAACAAGAGAAUGCUUUAAUUAAAGAGAAGGUGAGGAAUGAUUUCAUGAAUAUGUUGAGUGAGAUACCUGAAAUCAGUCGCAGAACGCCUUGGAGGGAUGUCAAAUAUAAGGUGAUUUCAGAUCCACGCUAUGAGGCUGCAGUCACUGAUUUUCGCCGAAAGAAUUGGUUCGAGGAGUAUGUGAAGUCUAAAACUGAUCUUACAUCUAACGAGACAAAGAAAAAUGAAGAACACAGCAAAAGAUCGCAUUCAUCCUCAGUAAGGGAGAAAGAAGAAAGGGAAGGCCGUAGAGAGUCAGCUCUUGAGGACUUCAAAAAGUUUCUUGAUGAGAAAGUAACAGAUACUGAAGAUUCGUUUACUGAUUUCAAAUCAAAAUUUGAAACGAAUGCCAGAGGGACAGCGGACCUGUCUCUUGCAGAAAAGUUGAAGGUCUAUAGCAGUCAUAUUGAUGGAAUUUACAAAAAGAAUAGAGAAAUCUUGUGGUCAAUUUUAGAUGGAAUUGAUCUUUCAUUGACAACUGUAUGGGACACAGUCAAAGCACAAGUUGAAGCGGACCCAAGAUUUGUCAGUUAUACUGAUAAUGAAAAGAAACGUGACAGGGAUUAUGCCAUGUUUAUGCACAAGAAGUUUUUGAAGGCCAAGAAAGAAUUUCGAGAACUGCUAAUGGAGACAAAAAACAUUACACAUGAAGCCAAAGCAAUGCUGGAGAAAGGAAGCAUUACCAUGAAAACUAUUGAAGCUUUUCUUCAGAAAGACCAGAGGUAUACCACUCUUGACUGUGUGAGUGAACAAAGAGAACAGAUGAUUCGUGCCUACAUCAAUGAAUUGAGUGAGAAAACGCAGCCAUCUCUUACAUGA